AAAACAUGAGCUUAGCUUAUAAAUAAAAGAAGGUGCGUUGGCCCUAAUCAUUUGUUGGUGGACGAGGCUGAAAGAUGGAGGUGUUAGCGAUCGGGUUCAUGUUGAUAUGUGCCAGCAGUGCUAGCAAAUUGUUGUCGAUAGACGAAACAGAGACAUUAUUCAAAAAGUUCGUAUUGAAAGAAUUGAAUGAACAAGAAACAGUUACAUUGCAGGAGUUAUUUGAACUCCUACGGCUACCGAGAUAUGUGCCGAUGACACGAAAACAAAAGAUGGGUUACCCCACAACGCGAGCAGCCUUUGCUCGGAACCUCGAAUGCAUAGCAUGCCGCAGUAUCUUCGCCGCGCUAUUCGAAGGCGUGGCCGCCGGGCAGUCGGAUGACCAGCUAGUGGACACCCUAACUACUCUGUGCACAGCCAUGGGAAUACAAACUCAGAAAGUUUGCAGUGGAGCUAUUGAACUUAAUCUGCCAAUAAUCAACUACAUAAUACGCAACACGCCUGAAGCGACGCCAUGGACAUUUUGCGGGCUGUUGCUGCAGACGGACCUGGCAGACGAGUGUCCCCAUGGGGACACGAGAUUUGAGUGGCAAGUUGAACUGCCGGCAGUGCCCGAAUCUGUCGUGACUCCUACUCUUGACCCGCGACCGCUGAAGAUAGCCAUCGUCACAGACGCCCACAUCGACCCGAUGUACGAGCCCUAUGGAGUCGCCGAUUGCGACGAGCCAACUUGCUGCAGAUAUGGCCAAAACCCAGCCCCGUUAUACCGUUUACAAAGGGCCGUGGACGAUGAGCUGUAUGAAAGAACUGUGGUGGAACAAAACGGAGUUACGGCGCUAAAUCUUAGUGUUGCGUCCGAAAUGAUUCGGCAAAGGGGGCUGUACUUAACUACAGUUGCCAAACAAACCCCAGAACCGGCUGGAUAUUGGGGAGACUACAGAAGUUGUGACACACCUCUGUGGGCGUAUGAUGAUGUUAUCGACAGAAUUGCUGAAACUCAUAAUGACAUCGACAUAGUAUACUACAUAGGUGACACCAUCGACCACGGAGUUUGGGAGACAUCAUUCGAACUGAUUAAUGACAUGAAUCGUCAUUUGAUAGAAAAAAUGAGAACAGCUUUCGGGGAAAAUGUACUGGUCGUCCCUACUAUUGGUAACCACGAGGCUCAACCUACGAAUCAAUUCGCGCCCAACCGUGUGGUUGGUGAACUGAACACGACCUGGUUGUACGAAGCCCUGGUGGACAAAUGGGGUCCAUACCUGACAGACGAAGCGAAGGCGUCUCUGCUCGAACGCGGAGAGUUCUCGGUGCGCCCGCGGCCCGGAUUCAAAGUCAUCACGUUAAACAAUAACAUCGCCUAUAGGGAUAACUGGUGGUUAGUUUACGACCCAACUGAUGCCAAAAGACAUCUAGACUGGUUGGUCGAAGAGUUGCGCCAGUCUGAACUGGCCGGGGAGAAGGUGCACAUUCUCGCACAUAUUCCCCCAGGAAGGGCGGACUUCACACAUACCUGGUCUAGGGAAUAUAGCAGGAUUAUCAACCGAUUUUCAUCAAUAAUCGCGGGUGAAUUCAACGGCCACAUGCACUCGGACCAGUUCAAGUUGUUCUACAGUUCUACAGAUGGCGCCCCAAUCGCGGUCGCGUGGGGCGGCGGCGGCGCCACUGCCUACUCCAAUUACAAUCUCAACUACAAAAUUAUGGAUUUCGAUACCACAACGUUUGAAGCAACAAGCAUGGAAUGCUACACGUACAACGUGACGGAAGCCAACCUGACGCCCAACCGCCGCCCGCACUGGUUCCUACUCUAUGACUUCAAAAACUCCUUCGACUUGCCCAACCUCUCCCCUAUCUCCAUAGACAAUCUAGUCAAUGCUAUGGCAUCUGAAGGCUACUACUUAGAUUUAUAUGCAGCAUACUAUUCUAAAUUAAGUGACACACGGUGGCCAUAUUGUAAUCAAAACUGCAAAAUUGGCUAUCUUUGUGAUAUUGUUAUUACAGAACUAUGGAAUCGACAGAAAUGCGAAGAAUUAACCCAACGUUACAUGAAUAGAUUACAAUAAAUAUUGAAAAUGAAAUAUAUGUAUAUAAUUAAUAUAUGUAUUUACAUAUUCAACACUAACUAAAAACAGAUUAAAUAAAUUAUGAUUAAAUUGUAAACUAAUUAUCCAGUAUACUUAACCAUUUGAUUUCAGGCUUCCAUUUUAAAUCUUGACUAGGUAUUUUGUCUAAUCUAGAUAUCUGAAAAAAAGAAAUUGAAGCUGUGAACAACAUCUAAAAUGGUGAUAAAUUUAAGUGUAUUUGCGUAAAUUUUUUUGGAUAUCCGUAUCGAGGAAUUUUAAAGAUUCUACCACAAAGUGUGUGAUGAACAAAGCUGCAGAUGGAAUCUAGUCAACAUCAACAGAAGUUCCAAAAUCUCACCUGAUGUCUUACAAACUUGACAAUUUUCUCUACAUGCUCAGCAUUUGUGUCCGGUGAUAAUGAGUAGAACCUCCUCCAGAUGGCAGCAGCGAGAACUCUAUCAUCCUCAAUGCCUUCAUCGUAGGCUACCAGUGCCGCUUGGAAUUGUUCUGAUAGUUCAGACACUUGUUUCCUAGCAAUUGCUGGAUUAGCCCCCUGUAAAUGCAGUGGAAUAAGUCCAUAAAACUAUAAUAACUGCAAAAGUUACGAGAUGGAUUGGCUCAACAAAGCAGCAGUGCAGACUCCUCAUGCGGAAAG